AUGGAAGGAAAUAUGUCACACGUCGUUAUUCCACUAUUUGAUGGUGAAAGCUAUGAUCUAUGGGCGGUAAGGAUGCAAGCAUAUCUAGAGGGGCUAGAUGUAUGGGAAGUUGUGGAGGAGGAUGAUGUUCCCUUAUCUGAAAAUCCCACCGCGGCUCAAAUGAAAGCGCAUAAAGAAAAGAAAAUAAGAAAGGCAAAGUCAAAAUCAUGCUUGUUCGCAGGUGUUUCACAAAUGAUUAUGACCAGGAUCAUGACUCUAAAGUCUCCUAAAGAAAUUUUGGAAUACUUGAAAGCAGAAUAUGAAGGGAACGAGAAGAUUCGAGGCAUGAAAGUUUUGAACUUGAUAAAGGAGUUCGAGGUGCAAAGAAUGAAAGAGUCGGAAACGAUUAAAGAAUACUCAAACAAAUUGUUGGGUAUUGCCAACAAGAUAAAAUUGUUGGGAAAGGAGUUUUCAGAUUCCAGACUCGUUGAGAAAAUUCUGGUGACGGUGCCGGAAAGAUAUGAGGCAUCUAUUGCUUCCUUAGAAAAUACAAAAGAUUUGUCUACAAUUACCUUUACAGAGGUGAUACAUGCCUUGCAAGCAUAA